CACACUGCCCGCCGUUAUCGAUAGCAACACUAUCGAUUCCAAGUGAUGUUAAUUAAUCACUUUUACUGUUUACUUUUUUAAUUAAAACUGCGUUAAUUUAAUUAACCACAACGGCAGCUCCUGACCCACUGCGAAUUGUAAACGACCACGCAUCAGUUGUUGCAACGAGAAAAAGGAAACCACUCAAAGGAAAACCACUAGGAAGUUGCCAAUCAAACCCAUCCAAAAAAAUCAAGCAACAACAAUAACUGGAGUGUGUUUUUGCGCGUGUGUGUGUGUGGGGAGUGCAUAGUUAAAUCAGUGAAUAAUUUACCGUUCGGCCUUCGCCUUCCCCUGAGGAAACAACAACAAAGUUUCACGUUCACUUACACCCACACACACAUACGUACGCACCUCGCAUUUGCACGCAUACACACAGGCCAGCCAGCCGAUAACCUGUGUGUGAGGCAAUCGUCGUCAUCGUCCGAAAUCAAAUCACCAAUCGGUAAAAACAACAAUAGCAGCUGCAGCAUAAUCAACAAAUAAAUAUAUAGGACUCCAAUAUGGGACUGUUAUUAUCGCGACUGUGGCGGAUGUUUGGCAACGAGGAGCACAAGUUGGUGAUGGUCGGUCUGGACAAUGCGGGUAAAACGACUAUCCUGUACCAGUUCCUCAUGAACGAGGUGGUCCACACCAGUCCCACGAUCGGUUCCAAUGUGGAGGAGGUCGUUUGGCGGAAUAUCCACUUCCUGGUCUGGGAUCUGGGCGGUCAGCAGAGCCUCCGAGCCGCCUGGAGCACCUACUACACGAACACAGAGCUGGUGAUCAUGGUCAUCGACUCCACGGAUCGGGAAAGGCUGGCCGUAACGCGGGAAGAGCUGUACCGAAUGCUGCAGCACGAGGAUCUGAGCAAGGCCAGCCUGCUGGUCUACGCCAACAAGCAGGACCUCAAGGGUUCCAUGUCAGCGGCGGAAAUAUCGCGGCAACUGGACCUGACCUCUAUCAAAAAGCACCAGUGGCACAUUCAGGCCUGCUGCGCGCUCACUGGCGAAGGACUCUACCAAGGACUGGAGUGGAUAGUGCAGCGCAUCAAGAACAAAUGACCCGCCACACGCUAUACUAGCUAAUUAAUCAUUAACAACUAGCUGACUAGAGAAAGUAAACCAAUUUUGAUAUAAACAAUUUUUAAGCGUUUCCAAAUUGUUUGAAAAGUUGUUGCCAAGCCAAUUUUAUUUAGUGUAAAAUACGUCUGAUCGGGAGACCCCUCAACGAUUUAAAUCUACGUGUAUAUGGAUAAUGUCUAGGAGCUAAGCCAAUUAACUACGAUACUUCCAAUAAAAUUACAAAAUAAA